CAUGCAACUGUGAAGAAUAUGCGACAGAAGCCCCAGGCCCUGGUUCAGAGAUGUUUCCGACAGCUCUUCUUACUCGAAAGCGUCGGCGGCCUGAAGUUGCCUUCGUUGGGGGUCGCGAGGAGGUGAAGUUCAGGGAUGUGAGACUGUUCCUGGUGGAGAGGAGGAUGGGAAAAAGCAGAAGGAAUUUUCUGUCUAAUCUCGCCAGAUCUAAGGGCUUCUGCGUAGACGACGCUCUCAGUGGCGAAGUCACGCAGAUCGUUAAGGCUGGUCUUUCUGCCGGUGCACUGUGGCUUUAUGCGUCUCAGGACGGCUUUAGAGAGACGCAUGAUAAACAUGUGCUGCACAUCAGCUGGUUUACUGAGAGCAUGAGCGCAGGCCGGCCCGUGCCUGUGGAAAUCAGACAUUACAUACAAAAUCCCGCUGUGGAUCAGAGGUCGUGUACGCAUCCGUCAGCCAAACCUGAGUCUGCUGUGUCUCCGUACGCUUGCCAGAGACGAACGACACUGGAUAACCACAAUAAGAUCUUUACAGAUGCGUUGGAGGUGCUGGCGGAGAACCUGGAGCUCAGUGGGAAUCAGGGGCCGAGCCUGGCGUUCAGAAAAGCUGCAUCCGUGCUCAAGAGCCUCCCCGCUGCCCUGAGACGCCAGGAGGAGACGCAGCAUCUGCCCUGCCUGGGAGAACAUAGCAGGGCCAUCAUAGAGGAGAUCUCUGAAUGCGGCUCUUCCUCCAGAGUUGAGGAGAUACUGAAUGAUGAGAGGUAUCGGACUAUGAAGUUGUUCAGCAGUGUCUUCGGGGUCGGACCCAAAACGGCUGAGAACUGGUUCUGUAGAGGACUGCGGACGUUUGAACAGGUCCUGAGCGAACCCAGCGUCAGACUGAACCGCAUGCAGACCGCAGGGUUCUUGUUUUAUGAGGACAUCAGUAAGCCGGUGAGCAGGACAGAGGCCAGCGCUCUGAAGAUUAUAGUGGAGGAAGCUGUCAUCUGUGUCAACCCAUCCGCCACCGUCAGCAUCACAGGAGGAUUCCGCAGGGGGAAGGAGUUUGGUCACGAUGUGGACUUCAUCAUUAAAACACCUGAGGCCGGACAGGAGGACGUGAUUCUGCCCGCCGUGAUCAAGCGAUUCAAAAGCCAGAACAUCCUGCUGUACUCAGACCUCCAGGAGUCGACCUUUGACCUGCGGAAGCUGCCGACUCACUGCUUUGAUGCCAUGGAUCAUUUCGGCAAGUGUUUCCUGAUCAUGAAGCUGAAGCACGAGCAGGAGAUGGAUGCGAGAGCGGGAAAGGACUGGAAAGCUGUGCGUGUGGAUCUGGUGGCUCCGCCGCUGGAGCGAUUCACUUACGCCCUGCUGGGAUGGACAGGAUCCACGCUGUUUCUAAGAGACCUGAGACGGUUCGCCAGAUUGGAGCGAGGAAAACUGCUGGACAAUCACGCGCUGUAUGACAAAGCAACGAAUACCUUCUUGCCUGCUAACACGGAAGAGGACAUCUUUGCCCACUUGGGUUUAGAGUAUAUUGAACCCUGGCAGCGAAAUGCCUAGUUUCAGUCUCCUGCUGAUGUUCUGGACAGAUUCAACACCCUCGACAUGACGCUGAUGCUGAUUCACACCGAAAUACCCGCAGUCUGAUUUCACCAGCCAGCGCGAGCAUUAUUGAUAUUUCAUGGAGUUUUCUUUUUCAAAUACACAUACAGUGACACCCAAAAGUAUUUGGACACUUUAAAAUGUCUAAAUGUGCAUGCAUUAGCUAAUGAUUUAAAGGAAAAGAUGCACAAGCACACUUUUCAAGCAAAGCAUUUAACAAAACGUGCGUAAUUUCUGUAGUGCAAAAUGAAACUGCAAAAAUAGUGAUUGUUUUCCAAACAGGUUAUGCUCAAAAUCACACAGUUUUCACAAUAUAAACAGUUAGUGGUCAAUUAAAUCA